AUGUCUGUCUUCAAUGAUUCUACCCUGUAUCCUCGCUUUCUUCUCACAGGCUUCUCGGGCCUUGAAAGUGUAUACGGCUUGAUUUCCCUCCCUAUCUUCAUGGUUUACGCCACUUCCAUUGUGGGGAAUAUUACCAUCCUCUUCAUUAUCAGGACAGAGUCCUCGCUUCACCAACCAAUGUACUACUUCCUCUCAAUGCUGGCACUCACUGACCUGGGCCUAUCCACCACCACCUUGCCAACUAUGUUUAGCGUCUUUUGGUUCCAUGCUCGGGAAAUUCCUUUUGAUGCUUGUCUGGCCCAGAUGUACUUCAUCCACGUUUUCUCAAUAAUGGAGUCAGCUGUUCUGUUAGCCAUGGCCUUUGACCGCUUUGUAGCAAUCCGAGAACCUCUGCGCUAUGUGAACAUUUUAACCACUGAUGUGAUCAUUGGGAUUGGGUUGGCAAUAGCUGGAAGAGCCUUAGCCCUGGUGUUUCCGGCUUCCUUCCUGCUGAAGAGACUCCAAUAUCAUGCAGUCAAUGUUCUCUCCUACCCCUUCUGCCUGCAUCAGGACCUCAUAAAGACAACCGUGUCCAGCCGUCGGGUGAGCAGUAUCUAUGGCCUCAUGGUGGUCAUCUGCUCCAUGGGACUUGAUUCAGUGCUUCUCCUCCUGUCCUAUCUCCUCAUCCUGGGCACAGUGUUGAGUAUAGCCUCCAAAGCAGAGAGAGUGAGAGCACUCAGUACUUGCAUUUCCCACCUCUGUGCCGUGCUCACCUUCUACACACCCAUGAUUGGCCUCUCUAUGAUCCGCCGCUAUGGGCAGAGUGUGUCUCCGGUUGUCCACGUGCUCAUGGCCAAUGUAUACUUGCUGGUGCCACCUCUCAUGAACCCUAUUGUCUAUAGUGUAAAGACCAAGCAGAUUCGUGACAGAAUCCUCAAGAAAUUCAAGAAACAUGAAGUUUAG